UGUCCAGCUACUUCAACAGGCCGACUAAAAACAGUUCUGCUGAAAUUGUUGGGCUGCUUACACUUCAGCAAGUAACGCACCAAAUUGGGCUGGUGAAUGCUGAAGUGCAAGUGAGCCUGCUAACGUUAGCCUGCAGCUAUUUAUUGGACUAUCUGCCUUGUUUGCUUGUGAAGGUGUCUUGACCAUGUCUUUCCACUCAUCCCGGGGUUGUCCCAGAGGGCGCCCCCCUCCAGGGCCACACAGCUCUCCCCAAAACUACCGCCCCCCCAGUCUGAGGCCUCCCGUUCCCCAGGCCCACAUGGCCUCCUACCACUACGAGCCACCGCCGCCACCCCCCUGCUCAGGCUACAGCGGGCAGAACAGCGGGUACCCACCCCCACGACCAGACUUUCUACCGUACUCCCUCUCUGUGCCUCCGCAGCCACCUGCCCCUGUCAACCAGUGUCCCAUGCGUCCUCCCUUCAGCAGUGCCCCGUCCCGCCUGCAGGGCUUUCCUCCGGAGGCCCCCAGCUACCCACCACCACCCAUUCCCAGCCCCUCUGGUGCUCCCCUCAAUGCCCAGAACCCAUACUCCUACAUGAUGCCCAAUGUACCCCCUCCGCCUCUGCCCCUGCACCCUCCAAUGCCCCCAGCAGUGAGCUAUCAGCCUGGGUACCCCCCAAUGUCUUACGCCAACCCAUCCUACCCACCCCCAGGAUUCAAUCCUGCCCCCUUCCGCCAGACGCCCCCUUAUAAGAGCGAGAAGCCUCUGCCUGACCGGCCCAGAUCGCCCGAGCGUGGCAGGGGUCACCACACUGACCACCGGCACAAGAACUAUGGGUACAGCAGCCACAGCGUCGACAGACACAAGAUGGAGUAUGGCACAGACAGGAACGAAAGGGGCCGGAGCGACGAGAGGAGGAGGUCGGAGGGUGGACGUUACCGUGGGGAUUAUGAUAGGCCCCGGAGUCCGCCCAGACACAGGAGUCCGGAACGCAGCAGGGAGCGGUAUCGCCAUAGAGACAACCGCAGUUCUCCGACUCCGGACAGGCACCGGAAGCGUGGACGGAGCCGCUCGGGCAGCCGUGAGAGGAAGAGAGGACGCUGGGAAGAAGAGCGCGAGCGCAGGUCGGAGGUUGGCUCAGGGUCAGGGGGUCGUGAGCGGAGCCAUGCCUCCUCUUCCUCCUCGUUCAGGAGCCGCGAGCCCGAGGACACACCUACCCCCAGCGAUCGUCACGACGACGAUAAGGAAGAGGAGGAGCAGCAGCUGCUGAAGCCGGCAUGGAUCCGGUGCACGCACGCCGAAAACUACUUCUCCAAUGAUCCCAUGGACCAAGUGGGUGACUCUUCAGUGGUCGGUACCAGUAAGCUGAAGGUUCUGUAUGGGCGCUUUGAGGAGGAGCUGGGUCGCAGGCAGGAGAGCGCCAAGGAAGCCCGACCCAAAUGGGAGCCGCCGAGAACCAAACUGGAUGAAGACCAAGGUGAGAGCUCCAGCGCGUCUGAGUGUGAAUCUGAUGAAGAGGGCUCCAGCUGUUCCAGCAGCUCUGACUCUGAUGUGUUUGAUGUCAUCGCCGAGAUCAAACGCAAGAAGGCCCACCCUGACCGCCUGCACGAGGAGCUGUGGUACAACGACCCUGGACAGAUGAAUGACGGUCCUUUGUGUAAGUGCAGUGCCAAAUCCAGACGUACAGGAAUCCGCCACAGCAUCUACCCUGGAGAAGAGCCUGAUAAAAUGUGCCGUGACAUGAACAACAACUCGGGAAAGCUCUUCCACUAUCGCAUCACAGUGUCUCCACCUACCAACUUCCUGACGGACCGGCCAACUGUGAUUGAAUACGACGACCAUGAGUACUUGUUUGAAGGCUUCUCCUUGUUCUCACACAUGCCUCUCACAAGCAUUCCCCUGUGCAGAGUCAUCCGUUUCAACAUCGACUACACCAUUCACUUCAUCGAGGAGAUGGCCCCUGAGAACUACUGUGUGAGAGGCCUCGAGCUUUUUGCCGAAUAUCUGUUUAAAGACAUCUUAGAGCUGUAUGACUGGAAUCUCACAGAUCCGGAGUCCGACACUGAGCCUCCUGGCUGUAAGAAGUUCCAUUUUAUGCCGCGCUUUGUCCGCUUCCUCCCAGACGGCGGUAAGGAGGUGCUGAGCAUGCAUCAGGUGCUCCUGUAUCUGCUACGCAGCAGUAAGCCUCUGGUUCCUGAGGAGGAGAUCGCCAACAUGCUGCAGUGGGAGGAACUGGAGUGGCAGAAGUACGCAGAGGAGUGCAAGGGCAUGAUCGUCACCCACCCCGGCAUGAAACCCAGCUCUGUGCGAAUAGACCAGUUGGACCGGGAGCAGUUCAACUCUGAUGUCAUCACCUUCCCCAUCAUCGUCCAUUUUGGGAUCAGACCAGCUCAGCUCAGCUACGCUGGAGACCCUCAGUAUCAGAAGCUGUGGAAGAGCUAUGUCAAACUACGCCACCUGCUGGCGAACAGUCCCAAGGUCAAGCAAAUCGACAAGCAGAAGCUGACACAGAGAGAGGAAGCUCUUCAGAAGAUCCGUCAGAAGAACACCAUGCGGAGAGAGGUCACUGUGGAGCUCAGUAGUCAGGGCUUCUGGAAGACUGGCAUCCGCUCUGAUGUCUGUCAGCAUGCCAUGAUGCUCCCGGUCCUCACCCACCACAUCCGCUACCACCAGUGCCUCUCGCACCUGGACGAGCUCAUCGGCUACGUGUUUGAGGAUCGCUGCCUGCUGCAGCUGGCCAUGACCCACCCCAGCCACCACCUGAACUUCGGCAUGAACCCCGACCACGCCCGCAACUCGCUGUCCAACUGUGGUAUCCGCCAGCCCAAAUAUGGUGACAGGAAGGUGCAUCACAUGUACAUGAGGAAAAAAGGAAUCAACACAUUAAUCAACAUCAUGUCCAGGCUUGGACAGGAAGACCCAUCUCCCUCCAGGAUAAAUCACAAUGAGAGGUUGGAGUUCCUUGGAGAUGCUGUUGUGGAGUUCCUUACCAGUGUGCACCUGUACUACCUGUUCCCCUGCUUGGAGGAGGGGGGGCUGGCCACCUACCGUACCGCCAUUGUCCAGAACCAGCACCUGGCCAUGCUGGCUAAGAAACUGGAGCUGGACCGCUUCAUGCUUUAUGCUCAUGGACCUGACCUCUGCAGGGAGUCCGACCUCAGACAUGCCAUGGCCAACUGCUUUGAAGCCCUCAUAGGGGCGGUGUAUUUGGAGGGAGGAUUGGACGAGGCCAGGCAGCUUUUUGGGAGAUUGCUUUUCAACGGCGGGGACCUGCGGGAGGUUUGGCUCCAGUAUCCACCACAUCCACUGCAGGUGCAGGAGCCAAUGACAGACAGGCAGCUCAUUGAGUCAUCCCCGGUGCUGAAGAAGCUGACGGACUUCGAGGACGCCAUUGGGGUGCUUUUCACACACGUGCGGCUGCUCGCCCGUGCCUUCACACUCCGCACAGUCGGCUUCAACCACCUCACUUUAGGCCAUAACCAGAGGAUGGAGUUCCUGGGUGACUCCAUUAUGCAGUUGGUGGCCACAGAGUAUCUGUUCAUCCACUUCCCAGACCAUCACGAGGGACACCUCACGGUACGUACGGGGACCGCGGGGGAGAGGGAGCAAUGUAGGACACUCAGAGAGAGAGAGAGAGAGAGAGAGAGAGAGAGAGAGAGAGAGAGAGAGAGAGAGAGAGGGAGACGGCAGUGA